AUGCGACUAAAAACGAAAGCAGCCAAACGUCUUUUAACGUCGCCACCACCACCACCACCACCAUCAGCCUCACCGUCCGCUUCCGUUCAACCCGAACAAGCAACGAUUAUUAAUAAAUCAAAUAAUCUUCAAGUGACAAAUGAAAAUGCAGACGACGAACAACACACUAAACGAAUUCUAAUGCGAUGCACAAAUCAAGAUGAAGAAGCACUCGAAGAACCAAUAACAAAUAAUCAUUUAUUAAUGGAACCUGAUGAAAAUGAACAAGAUAAUCAGACACAAAGAAUGUACGAACCUAUAAAUAAUCAUCAAAAUACAUCCAAUUCAAGUGAAGCAAGCGAAUGUGAAAAUCGGCUGUAUAUGUGUAAUGAUUGUGGCAAAGGAUUUCAGACAUCAUCGGGUUUGAAACAACAUCGAAAUAUUCAUUCGAGUGUCAAGCCUUGGAAAUGUGAGUUUUGUACAAAAUCUUACACUCAAUUUUCGAAUCUCUGCCGUCAUAAGCGAUCACAUGCUAAUGCGAAAGCACAAAUCGAAUGCAAAGAUUGUCGACAAGCUUUUCAAAGUCCUGUUGCUUUAAAUAAACAUCGAAGUUCGUGCAAAGAACGAAAUGGAAUGAUAAAUCCAGAUCUAUCUUCCUUAUUGCCUUUUAUGAAAAGUGUCUGCACACCAUCAGCAGCAGCAGCAGCAGCACUACCGCCGCCGCCUUUGCAGUUGCUAUCGGCAUCAAUAAAGAAGGUUGAGGAACCUAUUGAUUUAUCAAAAGCAUUGAAACGUUCGCGACAAUCUUCUUUUGAUCAACCAAUUGAUUAUUCAAUCGUCAAUAAGAAGAUCGAUGUCAAUUACCAACGUAUUUCUCACGUUUUUGGGAAUAAUCAAGAAAAGAAGUUUAAAAAAGAAGACAACAACGAAGAAGAUGAUGAUGACGAUGAGGAAGAAGAUCAACGCCAGCGAUUAUUAUCCUUAAUGAAAAAGCAAAUGAAAGAUUUCGAUGAGCAUCGGCCAUUGACACCCGUAUCCUCCUCGUCAAGUCCACCGAAUACGUCAUUAUUUGAGAAGAAGUUUCUAACUAAUGACCUUCUGCCAACACCGACAAUGAGUAUUCGCAAUCGGGAUCGAUACUGCUGUUCAUACUGUUCAAAAACAUUUCCACGAAGUGCCAAUCUGACUCGACAUCUACGAACUCAUACAGGAGAACAACCGUACGUCUGCAAGUUUUGCAAUCGAAGCUUUUCCAUUUCGUCGAACUUACAACGACAUAUUCGAAAUAUUCACAAACGCGAGCGACCAUUCCGCUGUACGCAUUGUGAUAAAUGUUUUGGUCAACAAACCAAUCUCGAUCGACACAUGAAGAAACAUUUGUCUCAAUCAUCUGCAAUGCUAUCGCUCAUCGAUUCCACAUCAACUAUGCCACUGAUACCUUCGACAUCAUUAUUUCAUUCACAGUCCAACAUCGAUGAAAAUCUACCACAGAAUUCAACGGACGAAGACGAUUCAAGUGGAUUAUCCGAUGACGAUGAAGACGAAGAGGAUGAAGGAGAAGAAGAAAUCGAUGAAGACGAUGAAGAUUUAGAAAGCAACUCCUUAUCAAUUGAUCAAACAAAUGAACCCAUUCACCAAACGAUAUCAACCCUGUGA